AUGGAGGGCCUGGACAGCGGCGUGUUAGAUCCGGGCUGCUUGCGAGCGGCUGCCGUCAACUCAAGCCGAACAAGUGUUUCGGAAACUUGCGUGUCUGCGCGGAUGCAGUCGCUACUGGUCGUGUUCAUUGUGGUGAUGUUUCUGGGAUCGGUGACAGGUAACCUUCUUGUCAUUAUCCUAGUGGCCGCGACCAAGACACUGCACCAUGUGACAUCAGUGUUGAUCAUAAAUUUGGCAAUCAGUGACCUCCUCGUGGGCCUCGGGGUCAUGCCCUUUGUUGCUUUAUCCCUAGUGAAGCCUGGAUGGGCCGAAUGUUUUAACCUUUGUCUGUUUGUGGCCUACACCUCCUCUGUCUACUGCACAGCGUCUGUUCUCACACUGGCUGCCAUCGCUUUAGACCGCUACCACUCCAUCAUGGACUGCCUUCACUACAACUCCCGCUGGACCCUGUGGCGAAAGUGCUUGGUGGUCCUGUGGAUCUGGGUGCAGGCCAUGGCCACCAGUUCUCCCCCGCUGCUGGGCUGGAGCUCAGUGACCUACGUGGCUCCUGUGUACAGCUGCACAGUGGAUUGGGCCAGCAGCCCCAGCUACACUGCCACCGUGACUAUCCUCUCCUACCUCAUGCCCGCCGUCAUUAUCCUCUUCUGCUAUAUGAACAUUGUCAAGGUCGCCCGUAACCAUGUUAGGAGGGUCCGCAGCUUGGAGGCUUCGAUGCAAUGCGGCAAGAAUCCAAAAGCCAUGUUCCAUCCCUCUAUGCAUGACCCCUCUGUACUCGUCUGUCACCUAACUGGUCAAUUUGUGUCUGAGGUUGUACCUGCUCAAUCAGGAUUGGUCGAGGGGGUCUUCUCCUUUUUGUCUACUCCCCAGCGCCCGCAGGACUUCCAACAGCACUAUCAAGGAGUAGCUCGUCUCUUUCGGGUCAUCUUAGCCUUCUUCCUUUGCUGGACCCCUUACAUUGGGAUUGCACUCAUUCAGGCCACAGAAACUGCAAUUUCUCGUCAGAGCACCCUAGUGCCUCCCUGCGCUCUGACAAUUUCCUACUUUCUUGUACUGCUCAAUUCUGACUUUAACCCUUUGAUGUACUCUCUGCUCAGCAAGCGCUUCCAGGCAGCUCUGCAGGCACUGAGCCAGAAGUUAAGAGCUGGAAUAGGGAGCAUUAUCAGCUGGGGAGGCGAGGUAGACACCCGGAGACUCACUACCACACGUCCUGGGAUGACCUCCAGCUCGGACAACUCCCAGUAUUGCUCUCCAAUUUUCACCAUCAGUACCGACUUCAAGCAUCACUCUGGUGUAAAUAUAUGCAAACUGUGUGUCCAUGAAGUGGCCGCUCCAUCCUGUUCCACUUCGCAAGACCCCUGUGUUGAAGACAAGAGGAUUGAGUUCCUGCAGGUUCCCUGUCGAACGCAGGAGGGCGGUAGACUACCGUUUUCUGCUUUGACAAUGGAACCAAAGGCCACUUUUGUCUUUGGCCACAUCACGGUGAAAGUAGAGCAUGCCCCUUCAGAGAACCUGCUUACCACCAAAACAAAUGAUUCAGAGUGUACCCCGCAUACUGCCCAUAGUUAG